ACAAUUACCCAAAACUAGAUCAAUAUCACGGAAUGUUCUCUUUUCUGUGAAGAUCACAAAAAAAGUCGCAAUACAAACAUUUUAGAAUUAAGUUUGAAUUGAUUUGGGUCACUUCACUUUAUAAUCAUAUAAAUAACGUUUAAAGGUAUUAUCUAACUCUUUAUUAGGCAGAAUGGCAGUUAAAGCAUGAGACUGAUGAAACUCAUCAGAUGUCGAUUCUAUUGGUCAGAUACAGUAAGGGCCUAAAUAAGGAUUCUCGUAUGUCGAAGUAUUUUACAUUUUAAUUCAGUCUACUCUUCCCUAUCCCUACAUAAAUCUUGCUCCUUGUCCUUGCUUUUUUUUUUUUUCUAUUUACUAUUAUGUUUAUCAAAGUAGUUUUGUCUUAAGGUUUUGUAAUGUUCCCUGUUUUAUUAUGUAAAUGUGCAAUAAUAAUAAUAAUAAUAAACCUGUUCACUGUGUAUUUUCAAUUCAUUGCCUAUUAAAUUAUCUCAGAGUCAUUAUUCUGGUGUAAAAUAUUGUCCAGACUUCAAACCCACAGAAACGCAUUAACACAUGGUACCUGUAACUUUUCUCAGCGCUGAUAAAUAUAGACCAAUCACAGUAGUUUGUGAUUGCCGGAUAAGGAUUUUUUAAAACAUAAUUUUAUGGCGAUUGCAGUAUUUCAUGUUCAAAACACUGAGAUUGAUAUAUUGAAAUAAAAAAUAUUGCGUAGUGUAUGUACGCUUUCAAAAAGACACAAAAAACGUCCCAUGGAGGAUUAGACCAAAGCCCAAGAGCUUUGAUUAGACUUUCUGAGCCGGUGAGCGCCCCCUUGAGGCGUCUCAUGGGAAACAGUUACUGACACCUAAUGAUUUUCCCUGGGAUCCGUUUGCAACUGCACUUCCGGUGAUCUCAGUUCUAGGAUGGCUGCAAUGUUUACGUGUUGUAUGGGCUGCUGUGGGCAUGGUGGUCCGGGUCAUGCUCCCCUCAAAGAAAUGCCCACCGUACAGCUAGACACGCAUCAAAUGGGGACGGAUGUGGUCAUAGUGAAAAGUGGGAGGCGGAUCUGUGGAACUGGAGCUUGCCUCGCCACCGCCCCUCUACACCAGAACAAGAGCUACUUUGAGUUCAAAAUCCAGUCCGCGGGCAUAUGGGGGAUUGGUGUGGCUACUCAGAAGGUGAAUCUAAACCAGGUGCCACUGGGUCGAGACAGUCACAGCUUGGUGCUAAGACAUGAUGGCUCCAUAUACCACAACAAUGAAGAGAAGAACCGAUUACCUGCAAACAGCCUGCCUCAGGAGGGGGAUGUAGUGGGCCUGACAUAUGACCAUGUGGAACUGAACCUGUACUUGAAUGGAAAGAACAUGCACUGUCCAGCCUCAGGUAUUCGAGGGACAGUGUUCCCAGUAGUUUAUGUGGAUGACAGUGCCAUCGUAGACUGCCAGUUCAGUGAUUUCUACCAUACUCCUCCUGAAGGCUUUGAAAAGAUUCUGUUUGAACAGCAGAUCUUUUGAAUAUUCAGCUGCAGUAUGUCUCUUUCAAUGUUGCUUCUGCCUUUGCUGUUACUAAUGCUGCUCUUGUCUAUAGAUGACAAACCAGGCUUUGUGUGUGUGUGUGUGUGUGUGUGUGUGUGUGUGUGUGAACGCACAAGUGUAAGAGAGAAUCUCUAACCCAGAUAACACUUCACAUACGCACAGAAGACACUUACUGAUAUCAGUUUUCUGUAAUGGGUGAUAAAGAUGUGUAUUGAUAAACUGUGCUUAUCUUUUUAUUUAAUGUCUGUGUACAGUGAUCAGCAGUUGAUCUGGGUUGUGUUAUUUUGUAAAUAUUUAUUUGACUGGAAUUAUUAUCAAUUUAUACUUGAGUAUAUAUUUAUACUCACGUAUCAACUCUCUUGAAUGAAAGACUUGUAUUUGCACAAACCAAACCUCUUGUUAAAAUGUAUGUAUUGAUUUUGGUUGCAUUUGUUACUGUCAUUGCCCUUUACCUGAACUAGACAUGUUUCAUCACUUCCUGUUGAUAAAGUGUUACCUACAACAGCAGUUUACUGUAUUUUUCAAUGUGUAUUUUUAUCCCUACCUUUGUGAUCUUGUCUUGCACAUAAUAACUAAGUGACUUAAGCUGAACAGGCUACAGUUUUAAAUGUCCACCAAGACAUGUUUCAGACAUGGAUAAAUGAACUGAUUUGGGUAUUAUUUCACACUACAGAUUAGACCUUGUUGGUCCAUUCUUUCUUAUGGAAUUCCUUGUAUACUUUUUUGUAGUUCUGUUCAUUAAACAUGAUCAAUCUUGAUGUGUUUCUACAUGUAGAAAUUUGAACAAGUACGACUUGGGCCCUUAUCUUACAAAAACCCUUCAUCUGAGUUAAACUACGAACAAGUUAGUCAUGAUCUACAUUUUGCAUUGACAUUUUAUUGUUUCAGAUGUUUUGCUUCGAAGUAGUUUGACCAUCAGAUGUAACCCUGCUAUUCUAUAACUAUUGUCUUAUAAAAAUGUCCAUGCAUACCCAAAGGCAAUGUGCUUUUGAGAAAACAUGCGCUGAAAAAAGGGUGUAUUCUACAAGACUUGUCUUUUUUUGUCCCCCACAAAGCUUGAAUUCUCUCUGUACACUGUCUUAAAGAACAUUCCACAACUACUGUAUUUAAUAAAAUUUAAGCAUUCUGUAAAUGCAUCAAAGACCUGUGUCAUAGUUUGUGUUAUGUGUCAUGUUGAUAAAAAAAAAAAAGUGUUCUUAUUUAUUUAUUUUAAUUGAAGUUUUUAUUGAUUUUUAUAAGGUUUGGGUACAGGCGUGCAAAUACAAGACACAUACUGCAUACCCCUGUACUUACCUUUGUGGCUCAUCUUUAUAUAUAUAUAUAUAUAUAUAAUUUUUUUUUAAA